AAGAGAAGUGAGUCGCAGAUGAGAUCUGUGCUGAGAAUGCGUGUGUUUGUGCAGCAGGUUUGGGUUUCAGGGAGCACAGAGCGAGGCCAGGAGGAGCUGGGUUCCAGCCCCUAAACCGACACCGCGCGCGGGAGGGACACAUAACGGUGCACCGCCGAGCAGCACCAUGGCCUGGAUCUGCAAGAAGAAGUGGGUGAUCGCAAGCAGCCUGGUGUUGGCUGUGUCUCUGUUCGUGCUGUUGGUGAAUUACUCGGAGAAGCCGUACUUCCGGCUACAGCCCAUGCUGGGACAAGGUUUCGGCCCCCGAUGGAUGUUGUUAUGGCAACGCAAAGCGGUGCGACCACAUCCAGGCUAUGUCAGUGUCCCCAAGAAGGAGCCGCUGAAGCUGAGCUGUGACGUGUGCAGCGUGGUGUCGAGCUCGGGGCAGGUGCUGGGUCGUGGUGCGGGCGCUGAGAUCGAUCGAGCCGCCUGCGUUUGGCGGAUGAACAACGCUCCGACGCAAAGGUACGAGAAGGACGUGGGCAACCGCACAAACCUGCGAGUGGUCUCACACACCAGCGUGCCGCUCCUGCUGCACAAACCGCAGCAUUUCUUCGGCCCGGCGUCCAACGGCACCGUGUACGUGGUGUGGGGGCCGCGGCGCAACAUGAGUCCGGACGGAAACGGUCUCAUCUACAACAUGCUGCGGCGCACAGCUGACGACUUCCCCAACGCUCGCAUCUACGUCACCACUGACAAGCGCAUGGACUACUGCGACAACAUGUUCAAGAAGGAGACGGGCCGUGACAGGAUUACAUCGGGUUCGUAUUUGAGCACUGGAUGGUUCACCCUCAUCUUAGCCAUGGACAUGUGCAAGGAGAUCCGCGUGUACGGGAUGAUCAACGACACCUACUGCAAAUCUGAAGGCUACAGGAAGGUUCCGUAUCACUACUACGAAGCCGGAAGCCGUGACGAAUGUGCCGAGUAUAUCCUGCACGAGAGCGCCCCCUACGGCGGCCACCGUUUCAUUACAGAGAAGACGGUUUUCGCCAAGUGGGCCAAGACACACCCCAUCAAGUUUCUCCACCCUGAAUGGCAGCUGUCAUGACCAACACAGGAUGAUGCCGAGGCCUGACUGGUCCAAACACUCCCUGUCUUAUUGCACAAACAAGCAGCCAUGAACAGGCCAGAACAAAUCGCCUCAACCCGUCCUGACUAUACACUGAUUACAGCGUGCAUCUAACGGGUUAUCAUAGGAAGCAGGACAGACUUGCUAGGAUGUUUAUGGUGCAUGUUUUUAAGGAUAACAGGACAAUUCCAUAGCUGAAGUAACAAAUAUCAUCACAACAUAAACUGCAUGGAGGUUUUCUGAAAAUCUCUGGACAAGGUAGGAAACAAGGUAGCCAGAUACAAAGGGCCAUAUUUGCUAACGUUUCGCAUUUAAAAAAAAAAACAAAACACUACCAUCUUGCGCUUUACAUUUAUUGCGUAUUUAUUUACAGCAGGGGUUCUUAACCUUAACCUCCCAACCGCCUGUAAAGCUGACUCAGUGUAUUCCAAGUCAAAAAGUCAAAGUCCCUUUUGCGCCAGGAUUCGGUCUUCCCAGACAGUCUCCUGCCCCAGUACUACCCAAUUCCUUUGUGGUUGGUAGAAGAGAGCAACUGGACUUGCUUGAAGAUUCUUGAAGAUGUUUCGCCUCUUAUCUGAAAGGCUUCCUCAGUUCUGUCUGACUAAUAGGGAGUAUCCAGUAUUUAUCCUCUCAUGGAUCAUCAUAGAAUCCGAAUCAGAAUGCUGAUGGCUGCAUUGUAGGUGGCUGAUAAAAGAUGUCUUGGACACCCACCUCUGUUCAGUGAUGGUCGUUCCAGGUUGACAAAAAUGAACGAUCCUCUCUGGCUAAGAUGUCUGCCAGUUUUCUGAAAGU